AUGGCGACCGCAGCGUCACACGAAGCAGGCAUCAAACCAUUCUUCAAACAGAAGAUACAGGAUUUCGAAAUCCAGGUCAACGAUAAGACGCAAAAUCUGAGAAGACUGGAGGCACAGAGAAAUGCAUUGAAUGCCAAAGUCAGGGCACUCAAGGACGAGUUGAAGCUUCUACAAGAGCCAGGUUCUUAUGUGGGGGAGGUUGUGAAGGUUAUGGGGAAAAAGAAGGUCCUAGUGAAAGUUCACCCAGAGGGAAAGUAUGUGGUGAAUGUGGCGAAUGACAUCGAUAUCAAGAAGAUCACCCCAAGUUUGCGGGUCUGUCUUAGAAGCGACACAUAUGAAUUGCACCAGAUCUUGCCCAACAAAGUGGACCCAUUGGUCUCGCUUAUGAUGGUUGAAAAAGUGCCAGACUCCACGUACGACAUGGUUGGUGGUCUUGACAAGCAGAUCAAAGAAAUCAAGGAGGUGAUUGAGCUUCCGGUGAAGCACCCAGAGCUUUUCGAGAGUUUGGGUAUUGCUCAGCCAAAGGGUGUGAUUUUGUACGGACCACCGGGAACAGGAAAAACGUUACUGGCCAGAGCGGUGGCUCACCACACAGAUUGUAAAUUCAUCAGAGUGUCAGGAUCGGAGCUGGUCCAGAAGUACAUUGGUGAGGGAUCAAGAAUGGUUAGAGAGUUGUUUGUGAUGGCCAGGGAACACGCUCCUUCCAUUAUUUUCAUGGAUGAGAUCGACUCCAUUGGAUCCUCGAGAGUGGAAAGUUCAUCGGGUGGAGGCGACUCUGAAGUGCAAAGGACCAUGUUGGAGCUGUUGAACCAGCUGGAUGGCUUUGAGUCGUCGAAGGACAUCAAGAUCAUCAUGGCUACCAACAGAUUGGACAUCCUGGACCCUGCCCUUCUGAGACCAGGAAGAAUUGACAGAAAGAUUGAAUUUCCACCACCAACAUUGAACGCUAGAACAGAUAUUCUCAAAAUCCACUCGAGAUCGAUGAACCUGACAAGAGGAAUCGAUCUGAUGAAGAUCGCCGAGAAGAUGAACGGCUGCUCUGGUGCUGAGAUCAAGGGAGUUUGCACAGAAGCCGGAAUGUACGCAUUAAGGGAAAGAAGAAUACAUGUUACACAGGAAGACUUUGAGCUUGCCGUCGCCAAGGUCAUGAAUAAGAACGAGGAAGGUGCCGUUUCUAUUACCAAGCUAUUUAAGUGA